AUGUACAAAAAUAAUCCGAUAACAAGAGAUGACAUUAAAUUAAUUUGUCGAAUUUGUUUAAUUAAUUACGAAUCAAUGACCAUAAUUUCUUCAUUAACUUCUCCAAAUUAUUUGGAUACUUUAACGGAAUGCUUCCCCGUACAUGAUUCAUAUUUUGAUCCUUUUCCAUAUCAAAUAUGCAACAAUUGUUUAUUAAAAUUGAAGAUUGUUUAUGAAUUCAAACAAGAUUGUAUUCAUGCAACUAAAACUUUACAAACAAUUAUUGUACAUCAGACUGAAGAUAAAAUAUCGGAAAAUGAAGAAACUUUAUCAUUAAAAGCAGAAAAAGUGAAAUUAAAAACGUAUAAAUACACUUGUUCAGAUUGUAAUAAAGGUUUUAAUUAUUUAAGUACCCUAGGUGCACAUUGUAAAGGAAGUCAUAAUGCGAUUCCUAUAACUUGUACAAAAUGCCCUGCGAUAUUUUACCACCCAUUACAAUUGAAACAGCAUUUUAAUUUUCACGAAAAAGAGAAUGCAUUUGUUUGUGAUGUUUGUGGUAAAAUAUUUAAGCGUAAUUAUCAAUUAAAAUAUCAUCAAAGUGCACAUUCUGAUGUUAGGCCAUAUAAAUGUUCCAUUUGUAAUCGUGGAUUUAAACAAAAAUUUAAUUUAAAAAUACAUAUAAAAAUACGACAUGAUGAAGCAGAUCGUCGAGAAAUGUGUAACAUAUGUGGUAAAUUAAUAUUACCAGUUAGUUUACGGGCGCAUUUAGAUUCACAUAAAACAUUAGCAGAAAGAUCGUUUAAAUGUAGCGAUUGUAAUCGAAUUUAUAGCAGUAAAACUGCUUUACGGACGCAUUUUAACGAAAAACAUAGAAUUGAUGUAAAAACGUUUGAAUGUAAGUUAUGCGAUAAAGUUUUAGUGAGUAAACGUACAUUAACGAAACAUAUGAUUAUAAUGCAUUCGAAUAUGAAAAAAAUUGAAUGUCACGUUUGCGGUAAAAGUUAUAAAUUACAAUCGCAUGUUAAAGCACAUAUUUUAAGUGCACAUUUGGAUGUUAGACCGCAUGUAUGUUCGAUUUGUAAUAAAGCAUUUCAUACAAAAGUAUUAUUGAAAAAUCAUAUGCGAACACAUACCGGGGAACGUCCGUUCUCGUGUACGAUUUGUGAUAAACAGUUUGGAUUUAAAAAUGUCUUGAAUACUCACAUGAAAGUUCAUUUAAAAUCGUAA